UCUCUUCGUAGCUGUAUGAUCACUGUAACUUUGGUUUUAAUUGGAAAAUAUCCCCAGUCUGAAUUCUCUCAGUUAUGAAGAUUCCUCGAUACGUUUCAUGUGACCUUUGGGCAGACCAUGGAACUUCGUAUUUUAUUUUGUGGGGCCUUUAGUCGGGAUCUUCUUAAUGUGUGCUUGGAAGUGGUCAUACCGGAACUCAGGCGUGCACAGAAAUAGUGUGAGAGAAACCAGAUAUGCUGUAACUUUUUUGCUUGAUACCUGUUUGGCUUGGUAUCUAAAGCUUUUAAAGUGUUUUGGGGCCUUUUUAGUUCCUGGGAACUUGAAACCAUGAAGAGAAGCUCCGUGCUCUAUUAAUUAACCUCGAGAGCUGCACCCGGAGUCAGACUCUGAACAUGGAUUGCUAGGAGGAAAGUAAAGCUGAUCGCCAAAUGUGAAUGAAGCACUUCUGGCACGAGAAGGAUGGAAGGGAUCGGCUCUAUUUGGAAGAGAACAGUACAGAAGCAAACUUUCUUUUUGCCGUAAAUUCAAGAAAUAGCCCCUGCGUAAUUUUGGAGAAGGAUACUGAUAACCGCGGAUCGUGUUGAGCUUAUGUUGUGGGAAAUGCUGGCAAGAAGGUGAGGUGCCUCUCAAGGGUAUUUGAGAUGGAUGUUUCGGACCUGUGGAUCUUCCUAACUCUUGGGCAGGAGACACGAGGGCACCGCGUCCGUGGGGAGAACUCCCCGUGCCUCACCUCCGCGGCACUGACGAGUUCCCAGUGCUCCCUGGAGUUCCUGUAGGUCUGAACUGAUUUCUUGCUUGCAACCUGUUUCGCUGAUCUUUCUGGAUUUAUCUGCUGGAGGAGGGACUCAUAACUUAGGAGAUAUAUAUAUUAUUUUUUUCUUUAGUUUGUUUGUUUAAAAUAUGCCUUUGAGCUCCCAGCGGCCUUUGAGCACGUGGCACCAAGGAAGAGAAAUGGUGAUGGCGAGAACCGGAGACGUUGUGCGGUGAGCAGCGCUGGCGGUGCCUGAGCCCCUCUCUCCUCUCUCCCACCUCCCCGUCGCCGGGACUGCACGCUCAGACACCCGACGAGCUUUGCUGACUGCUGGAGCCUGCCGCAGGGUGAGGACGCGUUCCGGAGCGGUAUGUGUGGCCGGAGCCCGCUGCUGCAGCUGGUAGCAUGAGUGCUGGCCCCCAGCUGCAGCUGGCUGUCCUCUGGCCUUGGCUGCUCAUGGCGACCCUGCAGGCAGGACUGGGCCAUACAGGGCUGGCGCUGGUGGCGGCGGUCGAGUCGGAGAGGUCAGCGGCGCAGAAAGCCAUCAUUAGGGUGAUCCCCCUGAAAGUGGAGCCAAUCAUUCUGGAAGGGGAGUUUGCAAACGUCGCUGAGGUGACUCCAGCCGAAGGAAAACUGCUCCAGUCCCACCCGCUGUCCCUGUGCAACACCAGCGAGGAUGAACACACCGAGUCGGGGUUCAUCACCAUCGUCAAGCUUGAACAGCCGGAUCGGGAUCCCAACCCCUGCCUGUCGCUGGCUAACAAGGCGAAGCUGGCGGGGGAGCGUGGAGCCCGUGCCAUCCUUUUUGACAUUACCGAUGAUGAAAGCGCUGCUGAUCAGCUGAGAAAGCCCCGAGGUCUGAGUCAGCCUGUGGUUCUGAUCAGGGGCCAUGAUGCGGAGCUUCUCAUGGGCGUCGUGAACAAGAACAGAGAGGCCCACGUGAAGAUAGAGGUCAAGGAGCCACCAGCUUGGCCAGACUACGACGUGUGGAUUCUUCUCACGGUGGUCAGCACCGUGGUCGUCAUCAUUUUGAUUUUUGUUGUUCGCACAAAGUGCCAGCUGAACAGGACUCAGGACCCCUUGCAGCAGCAGACCAUGCAGGCCAUCGGGCAGCUGGCCACGCGCAAGUACCAGGCAAGGUGCCGGCAGGCGUCGCGGUGGGACUCGGCCAGCAGCUGCAGCUCAGCCCCGGUCUGUGCAAUUUGCCUGGAGGAGUUCAGCGAGGGUCAGGAACUGCGGAUCAUCUCCUGCUCCCAUGAGUUUCACAGGGAGUGUGUUGACCCCUGGCUGCAGCAACACCACACGUGUCCACUUUGCAUGUUCAAUAUUCUUGCCAGAGAAUCGGUGGACCAGGCCACAGCCGCUGGCUCCAGGCUGGCUCCUCGGGACAUGGAGCCCGGACGGCGUCUCCACCUUUUCCGCCAGCACCCAGGACAUGCCCUUUACCACCUCCCACACGCGUAUCCUCAGAGGAACUUCAGGAGGUUUCCCCCAGAGCCAGCCCACGGCAACCCCUUCUUCCACUCUCCAGAGCUCUCCCAGCUGGAUUUUGGCACCAUACACUACAUGCCUUACAGGCCAGCCACCUCCCUGCUCGCCUGUGGCCACCCGUCCCCCCUGGCCCCGGGCUUGCUGGGCCAGCAGCAUCCCAGCCCCUCGGCGUGCGGGCAGACGCUGCCACCCCACAGGACUUGUUCUCUCCAGCCCCAGCCCCCCUGCCUGGGGCUGAAGGCAGCCCUGGCGCAGAAGCAGCACCGUGCCCCCGCCCUGCGCCGGGGGGGCGGCCACGGGCACCAGCACAACAGCAGCGGCUCUGGGGAGAGCUAUCUCACGGAGCACAGCGGGUACCUGGCAGACGGGCCGGGCAGCGACUCCAGCUCGGGGCCCUGCCAUGGCUCCUCCAGUGACUCCGUGUUGAACUGCACGGACGUCAGCCUGCAGGGCAUCCACGGCAGCUGCUCCACUUUCCGCAGCUCCCUCAGCAGUGACUACGACCCCUUCGUGUACUGCAGCUCGGAGGGACCCGCCACGGACAAUGGCCAGGAGCGGCCGCGGCCACCAAGGGAGACACGGCCCAGGUCCCUGGACCUGAUGGUGCCUGGGGGGGCUGCUCCGGCCAAGCCCCAGGUGCUCAGCCACGUCCACUACCACCACCACCAGCACCAUCACUACAGAAGAGAUGCGGAGUGUCCACCGGGGCGGGCUGGGCAGGGGCCUGGGCAGCGCAAAUCCCGGUACUCUGGGGCCAAGGUUGGCUUCCACGGUGCUCGGACACAAAAGAGGACUGAGAAAAGCCAUCACUCUCAGCAGCCUCUGGAAAGCAGUGCUGUGCUACCGGAGGCAGCUCUGGCAGGACAGCCAGCCUGUCCCCAGCAAGGCCGGGAGCCCCCUCAUGUCCCCUCCGCUUCUCCAAACAGGUUGGACUUCAGUGUAGAUGCCAACAGACAAUCAGGAGCAGCUGGCACAUCCCCUGUCCCACUGCCCCCAAGACACAGCUUACAGAGCCGUCAUCACCGAAGGAAAAGAAAGUGUCCCCUCGAGCCCGACCCCGCUCUCCUGCCCCAGGACUCAGCCUUGCCCAAAGCCUGUGAUGCUCACGUUCCUCACGGCCAUCCCGCUGGCUACCGCUGCUCGCCCGAAGUCCAGCCCCUGAUUCCAAGCGCUCCCCUGCCCUGCAGCUCGGGCUCUCGGCCGCUCUGGAAGUGUUUAGUGCCGCAGUCCGGCUCUGAGCUGAAAAAGCAGGAGGAGGGGUUGUCAGGACGGGAGGGAAACCGCGCCGUUCCUGCUGAUUUCUCAGGGACGGGCACCUCCAGACACAGUCUGAGUCUUCACCUUCACUGCCCGGCUCAGCAGGGUGGUCAGGGAUCUGAAGAGGAGGCCCAGGAUGUCCAUGAACACUCGGUUUAAUAAAACACUGGCCUGUUUGCUUACUGGAGAGCUGGAGCAGACAAAGAUGUUCAGCACACCAGCCGUAGAGGAGCUCACAUCUUGCUCUCUGCACAGGCAAUGCAUAAUAACCGGCCCUGACCUGCACGGCCCAUGCCAAGAUGCAGACUGCCAAUAAGCAAUGUGACACUUGUCAUCUCCUCACACGUUCCCACGUUGCGAUGGUCACACAAACACAGAGCCAUGUUCUCCAGAUCCCUUUCUCCUUUGAAGGCACAGGCACAUCUUCAUCCUGUGGCAUCUGUGUGCGUGGGCUGGCUCGCUCAGAGACCGGUCCUGGGAGUCAUCAGCUGGAGAGCUCGCGGAGUGAGUGCAAGCUGCUAUUUUGGCAUGUUCAUGCCACAGAAGGUUUUGCUAAACACUUCAAAAAUAAACAAGCCUUCGAGACCAAAAGCUGCAGAAAUGACUUUCUGUGGCCAGGUAGCUCCUGACUUCAUUUCCUCACUUAGGUCAAAAGCUAGACUUCUUCAUUUAACUUUUCCACUCUUAAUUCAGAUACAGGAACAAGCUAUUCUCCAUCUCACCACUCACAGGUCUGCCCUGCAAAGUGCUUCUUCUGACUUCAUUGGAAACCAGCAGCUCUCACCACUUUCGAUCACUUCAUUGUCCCUCAGCUGAUGCCAUCUCAGCCAUUUGCUGUGUUUUGCCAGCAGCAGGAGAGGUGAAGACCCGGAGACAAUGUCAGCAUUUCUGGGAAGGAGCUGGGUCAGGCUCUUUCCAUUGCAAAGAAUCCACCUUCUCAUCUGGCAACAUGAACAAAUCUCUCACUCAUCCUCUAACUCCUCCACCUACCCUCAAAAUAGGUGUGGUGUCCAGCCCUGUUACAAGCAACUCAUUUGUUGAGCACAUUUGAGACCUGAGAUGCCCCCGCCACAGGAGUCAUGGAAUACCCUUGAGUUCACAUGGCUCCCGCUUCUCUCCUUCCUCCCUCAUUGUCCCAAGACACAGCAAAAGUUCCCAGCAAAAGCACCCAUAAUAAACGCAGAGCAGAGCCCCCAUCCAUCACCCAGCCUUACCUUCAUAUUUCUGAGAUACCCAAAAUGAUCCUGCAAAGAAAAUUUUCAGAAUUCUGCCUUUUCUAACAUUUUGAUGAUGGAGAGAGAAAACUUGAGAAAUUGCUAGGCUCUCAGUUUAUUACUUUAUUUCCCCCCUCCCAUUUGCAGCAUUUUUUUUGGAAUGUCACUAGUUCUUAUUUCCUACAUCUCAUAAUUUGGGGACAUUCAAGUAAAAUAAAACCUGCCAAAUUCAGAGCAUAUAGGACCCAAACAGUUUUCAUACAGCAGGGAAUUAGACUGUCGAGUUCAUUGCCCUAAAUGAUCGUUCAGGCCAAAGAAUUAGCCAGAUUCCCACGUGAAGUGCGGGUUUAUAUGGCACCAAGCGUUUCCAGAGUUAAUGCUAACGAAGCAGGGGUGAGGCUACAACACUGGAGCUGAAGGUAACUCCUGAUGAUUUGAAACCUGCUGUAGGGACAGAGCUCAGUGCUCAGUAAGUUUUGUGUGUCUUCCGUUGAAGCAGCAGCUGCUUCCCCAUUUGAAGAGAGCACACUGGUCCUGUAGUCCCAGUUCAGGAUAAUCCUGCCUCUACCUUUCUUCGUUGGUGAGGAAAGCUUUUUACGGGGUUUGCUGCCCUUCGCCUUUGAAAAAGGCAUCUUUGUCCCAGCUGCUAAUCAGUCACUGACAUUCAAGUCAUGGUAUUAAAAGUCAGCCAAUAGCACUGUUUUAAAGCAAAACAUUAUUCCCUUGCUAGUGUUCAUUUCUCGUCUCCUGUGACCAAGCCACUGCAGUACCUUUCAGUCUAGGGAAGGCCUGAAUUUCUUUCAUCAAAGAACCCAGCAGAAUUCUAUUUUAACCUUUCCAGGCUCUUCUCGCUUGUCUUACAGAGCAAGCAGGAGACACGAGCUCAGCUGUUUUCUCCCUUGCAGGGAAGUCAGUCUUAAACUAGAGGAAAAAAACCCAGGAGCGGGUCUAAAUUCCCCCUGUUCAACUUCUUGUGCACGUGGUCUGUGGCUUGUCUCAACCAGCUCCCUACCUCCUUAGCCAUCCUGGAGGGCUCGGGUGACUUUACAGAGGGGAGGGUCAUGAAGUCUGGGUGCUCCCACUGGUUUCUUUAGGAGUCAAGAAGGCUGAGAGCCUCCAGGGAUGCAUUUCACUGCCUCAAAGGAAUGAGCAUCUAGUUUGCAGCCUAAAAGUCCUCCUCUUUUUCCCUCCUUAUCCUUAAAAAAAAAGGAGGGCUCUGAAUCUGCGGCAAGCCCCAAGCUUCUUGGAGAAAGUGGUGAGCAGUAACGCACCCUUUCCACUCCCUACUGCAGUAUUACCAGGCUGCGCAGGGCAAUGCCUGCUUUAAAGUGUUUUCUUUUCCUGAUGUUAUGCUGCUGCUCCUUUUCAUCUAGAUAACGGACAUCCUAGAUGCCGGGCUCCCUCCCCAUGGCUUGCUGAGCCGAGUGAGAGCGUGCAGGUCUGCCUCGGUGGGUUCUCAGAUGGGAGGAGAGGGAGGAACUCUCUGGGAAGGUGGCUGUUAAGAUCCUCUUCAGCAGAUGGACUACCAUCCUUGGCUGCCUGGAAGGGAAGAAAUGAGAAAAUGGGGAACGGCUCCUCUCUGGUCCUGCACCUCUCGCUUCUGGGCAAUGCUUUUGAGCGCUCAGUACCCUUGGGCUCCCUUGCCGGAUUUCUUCAGCAUCACUGCAAUGAAGCGGAGCUCGUUUUCCUUCGUUGCGUCCAAGGUCCCAUGUGAAAACUGAUGGAAGCCAGAGCAUCCCAAACUCCCUCUCUCUCUCUCCGAAACCGAAGCCCCAGCCCUUCCCCAGGGAACACCGUCUUCCCAGGACCCAGGCCGGGCUGGAUGGACCUCUUCCCUUCCCGCACAGAGCCUCUGCUCUCCCUUUUAUAAUGUUCAGAUCCUUUUGAAAUGUGAAUAUCAGUUUGGUUUUUUGUUGUUGGUUUUUGUUUUGUUUUUUGUUUUUUUUUCGUUUUGUUUUUUUUUUCCCCGAGUCUGUCCUGGCUCUCGGGGCUUGGGAAUAAAUUAUGACCCACCAAAAAAAAAAAAAAAAAAAAGAAAGAAAGAAAAAAGAGGAAGAAUACAUUUUAUAUAUAUGCAAAACUGUGUAUUUAUGUCGGAUAGAAACAAAAGAUGUGUGAAUAUGCUGA